UUUUUUUUCCAAAAUUUGAAAUUCGAUUUGUUUGUUGAGAAAUUUCAAUCAAAACAAUAAAUUACCAAUUUUUCUACUCAGAGUCUGAGAAAAAGCAAAAUGAAGCGAAGUGAAAAAAUGACCAGUUCCAGUUCUAUGUUUCUCGAUGUGGAUCCAACAAUCGUUGAGAAUAAUUUACGUAUCACACCGAAUGAGGAAGCUGAAUUUGACAAGAUAUUUGGUAAUCGGACCAAAGAACCUGCUGUAAAACUAGUGAGGCCUCAUCCAGGUUUGUGUCUGAAAACAAGGGAAUUAAACACUGACAAAAAAGUGUUUAUUAAUAUUUGCACCACUGACGCAAUUCCCCCGCCCAAAGAUAUCACUGAACUGGAACUUGUACGAGUUAUCAAAUCUGACGAUGCUGACACCUUUAAAGUUCCCAUGAGCAUAGGAGAAGUCAGAACGGAAAAAGACAAGAAAGGAAAUGAAGCCAAAGCAGUAGACAUUGCAAUCAAUACGACUUUUUUCCGUAAAGUUCGAGAUAACUGUAUUUUUAGAAAUUUCGUAGUUGAAGUAAUGUCCCAAGGAAUAAGCCAAAAACAUGGUCUAGAGUGCGCUUCUGAAAAAAUAAUCUUCAAUAACCGCAAAGCCUUUGGUACUCUACAAACUCAUUGUAUCCAACAAAGAGAAAUUGACGAAAAAAUGGGUAAAUCAGGAGAUUCGUCGCUUAUAAGUGAAUUGACAGGAGAAAAACCCGUAGAGAAAAAAGUAGUUAUUGAAACAUUGUCAUCAGUUGAAAAUACCACCAAUAAACAACCAGAAUAUCGAUUGUACAGAAAAAAAGUAGGACCUACUUGUUUGAUUGGCGAGUUUAGACUUCCCGAAGUUAUAUCCGCCUCAAAUGUUACCUUGGAUGUGGGCGAAGAUCGUAUUGUUUUAGAAUCAAAAUCCAAAGGAUAUCUUUUGGAUAUUUUUGUGCCUUAUCGUAUCCGUAAUGAGCGAUGUACCUCAACAUUUGAUAAAGCUUCCAAGAUUCUUACCCUUGAGAUGCCUCUGCUUGGCGGUUAAUUUAUUGAAAGUAAUUUAGUUUAAGAUAUUUGAAUUGAUAAUUAUUAUUACCUAGUGAUUGCACAUUGUGUGUUUUUUACCUAUUAUCAUAAAUAUGUAAUUGUUUUGCAAUAUAUGGAAUUUCUUUCAAAAAAUGUUUUUAAAUAAAAUAUCUA